CUUGUAAGGUCAUUUUAUCUAUGACCUUUUUUUUUUUCUUACUUUGAAUGAGCUUGCUCAUGCUGGUGAACGGAGGGAUUGGUCUCCCAGAUUUUAAUUAGUCAAGGUACGAGUAAGCUGGAUCUUGCACGCUUCGUUACCCAAAACCAGAACUUCUACUUAUACUUGUGGUCUGUGACUGGUUGAAAUAUCAGUCCCUCACUACUGACCUUGUCUCAGUAUUAGCCAAGCCCCUCAAACCUUGAAAGAACAUCUGAAAGGGCAAAAUGGAAUACCUCCGCCACCUCAACUACUACCACCACCACCUCUGCCUUCUCCUCCUCCUACUCCUACUAGCCAAUUUCCCGUCAACUAUGGCCAAUUGGAAGAACAACGUCGCUGUCAAUCCGGAUGAUUCAAACAACGACAUAGAGGUUACAUAUGGGUUCAGUCCUCCUGCUCCGGCAGACGCUCGUGAUGAAGACCAAACUAACAAGGGAGAGUGGUUCCAGUGCCGAUGUCCUCCCUCAGCAUUUGAAUGCCCAAUAACGUUAGAACCAGAAGCCUAUAAGCAACUCAAGAACAAUCUAGGUCCGGUUAUUCGCCAACGCUUGACGGAAUUGCUGAAGAAAGCACUUACCGUUGAAUCUGCAAUCGAGGCAGCUCAGACCAUCGAUCUUCUAAAGCUCCUCAACGAAUCAAAUACCGAGCUGAACGCUGUUCGAGAAAAUAUGCAGAACGGAGCUCAGCAGCUGAGAGAUGCCUUCCUCAAACUCCCAGAGAUCAUGUAACGAAUUGGGGAAAAACCUCAUGUUAUUAUCUAGUAAAGAGAGAGGGUUCUAUGUCAUAGUUUGCCAUGUAAUAAUUGAGUUAACCGAUAAAUGGUCAGUUGUAACUGACGCAUAA